GGGGGCUCCGUUUUGACAGUUGUCACCAGCAUAGAGACUUUGCAAAUUGCGUUGUCAAUUUUUGAGCCCGAAGGAAAAAGAAAAACUCAAGAUGUUCUCGUCAUUGAUUGAUGUUGCUCGUAACUCGCCAUUUAAGACGCCAGCAUUGAGUCGCGUCGAAUGCCAGGAAACAAACGCGAAGCCACUCGUUGCCGGAAGAAAUAUCGCAGCUGCAAGCUCCAAUGAUUCGCCCGUGGAGUUCGGAAGCAACCAAUAUUUCAUGUUGUGCGGCUUGGGCGGUAUUUUGUCGUGCGGUUCCACGCAUACCAUGGUUGUGCCAUUGGAUUUGGUGAAAUGCCGUUUGCAAGUCGACAAAGCAAAGUACAAGAAUUUGUUCCACGGAUUCAAAGUUACCAUCGCUGAGGAAGGUGCUCGUGGUUUGGCCAAGGGAUGGGCUCCAACUUUGUAUGGAUAUUCCGCUCAAGGUUUGUUCAAAUUCGGCUUCUACGAAGUCUUCAAAGUCUACUAUGCCAACAUGAUCGGCGAAGAGAACGCUUUCUUGUACCGCACCUCGUUGUAUUUGGCUGCAUCUGCCUCCGCCGAGUUCUUCGCUGACAUCGCUCUUGCUCCAUUCGAGGCUGCCAAGGUCAAAAUCCAAACGACACCUGGCUUCGCAAACACCAUGCGUCAAGCAAUGCCCAAAAUCAUGCAACAAGAAGGCUUGGGUGGCUUCUACAAGGGUCUCGUGCCAUUGUGGAUGCGUCAAAUCCCAUACACCAUGAUGAAAUUCGCCUGUUUCGAGCGUACCGUCGAACUGUUGUACAAACACGUUGUACCCAAGCCACGUGCCGACUGCAGCAAAGGCGAACAAUUGGUCGUGACAUUCGCUGCUGGUUACAUUGCUGGCGUUUUCUGUGCUAUUGUGUCGCAUCCCGCUGACGUCGUUGUCUCCAAAUUGAAUCAAGCCAAGGGAUCGACUGCUGUCGAUGUUGCCAAGCAACUCGGAUUCUCGGGCAUGUGGCAAGGAUUGACGCCACGUAUCAUCAUGAUCGGUACCCUUACCGCCUUGCAAUGGUUCAUCUAUGACGGCGUCAAGGUUGCUUUGCAAAUCCCUCGUCCUCCACCCCCAGAGAUGCCCGAAAGCUUGAAGAAGAAGUUGGCUGCUGCCGAAAAGUAAAUCGAUGCAAGAAAUGUUUCCUCGACGAGCCCAAAUUUAAACUAUAGACCUUCCUGGAGAGAAAACUUUACAUUCUACAAGCAUUUUAAUUUCUACAUGUUUACCGUUAUAAUUUAUAAUUACUUCUAUUCUUUCCAUUUUAUUCUAGAAUAGACUAUUUAACGUAAAAAAAGACAACAACAAUUAUUUUUCUAUUCCAUUCAUUUAUUUUUCUCACGUUAUUUGGUUACUCUUUUUGGAAACAAAAUUAUUUAUUCUUCUAAUUUUAUUUAAAAAAUUCGCGAAUUCGGGAGAUGAACGGCUGGAAACUGAAAAAAUAAAAAAAUAGCAAAAUUAAAAAAAAAA